CAGGCUAAGAGAAACAUCAGUGUUCUGAGAGAGAGUAUCAGGGCUCCGGCCACCCAGGGCCGAGGUAGGGCCCCCUCCUCCGUAGGCUCCUGCAAGGCGAUCCCUAGUAAGCUGUUUGACGGCGGUCACAAGGGCGGGAAGGACACCAAGGAAUUGCCCAAAAGGCCCGGGACACAGGGGAAGUCAGCACCCAUUGGCUCUGAUAGUGUGACUCUGGUUGAAACUGAACAGCAGCAACAAGUGAACACAGAGGGUCAGAUGUAUGCAGAUUCCAGAACCUACAUCAUCAUUGAAAUCGCUCUUGAGAAGUCACUGGUGCCAAAGAGGUCACCGGAAGAGUUAGCCAAAAGGGUGAUGGAGCUGAUACCUCCCAGAGCUCCUUUGCCUCGCAGACCUGCUGGAGCAGAGAGAGCUGUGCAGGAGUACCAGGCCCAGAUAGCCAGUGUGGCAGGCCAGGUGUUGGAGCAGUACCAGCAGCUGUUCGGGCCUGCCUUCCUGCCCGGAGAGAAGCCUCUGGACCCAACCAGCCAGGAGCAGCGCAAGACCAAGCUCCUGGGAGAACUCAACUAUUCUGGGAAGUACUUUGCUUUCAAGGAGCAGAUUAAGUACUCUGUGGUGCGUAUCGUGAGGGAGAAGAUGCUGCGGACCGAGGCCUUCUCAGAUCCUGAGCAGCUGCAGGCCUUCCUCAGCCAGCUCUAUGUGUUCCUGGUGGACGAGAUGCACGUCGCCCUCAACAAGACGUUGUCAGUGGAUGCCCAGGAGACUCAGCCUCGCCCCCUGGUGGACUGUGCCCAGCUCGUACACUUUGCCAAGGAGGCCCAGCUCAACGGAGACUACCAGCUAGCUGCCCAGUACUACCAGGAGCAGCUGACUCGUGACCGUAGCGACCCAGCCCACUGGUUUGACUACGGGGUGUUGUACAUGCUGACGGCUGACUACCAGAAGGCUGAGGAGUGCUUCCACUACGCUGUGUCCAUGGAGCAAAAACACCUGCCCAGUUUGCUUAUGUGUGGUAUCCUGGCAGAGAUGGAUGGACGCCUUGAGGAGGCAGAGACAUUCUUUGAAGGAGCCACGUGUGUGGACCCGGCCAAUGUGGUGGCCUGGACUCUGUUUGGCCUGUUCUAUGAGGGCCAGGAGAACUCCAUCCAGACAGAGAUGGCCUUCCUGGAGGCCACCAAGCAGCAGAGGGCAGCCCUGGUGGUCACCCCACCCUGCAGGGUGGAGACAAGGGUGGAGUCACCAGACCUGGGGGAGGAGGAGCAGGAGGUGGCUAACUGUGAGUCGCUAACCAUCAAGCCAGAUGUGGAUGGAGACACAGAAGCCAGUGUGGUGACCGGGUCUCAGAGCUGCCAGGGCAGCAUGCCUGGGGAGGGAUACAAGGGAGGUGCUGAGGCUGAACCUAGUGCCAUGCGACACUUAGCAACCCCCACCAGACUAAACACCACCAUCUAUAUGGAGACAGUGCAGUUCCUGCUGCAGAACAACGCACUACAGAUGGCCCAGAGAGCGCUGGCCCAGGAGCUCUUGUGUCCAGAGGGGGGUCUGAGCAGCUCCUACCACCUGGCCCUGGCCCGCCUGCAGCUGCUCAGGGCAGAGUACGGCAGCGCCGAGUCCAGCCUGAAGGAGGCACUCAACGACAGCUUUCAGGACCCAGAUGUAUGGGCGUUGUUUGGGCACAUACACCACCUGACUGGGGAGUUUGGGAAGGCCCAGGAGUGUUACGAGAGGACCCUGGACUUUGUGACGGAUGCCACAGACACACACCCCAUCUACCUGCGCCUGGGAUCCAUCUACCUGCAGGAAGGGGAGUUUCAGAGGGCGAAAACAACUUACCUGCGCGCCUGCAAGAGCUCCCCCUCCUGCCUCACCUGGCUGGGACUAGGGAUCGCCUGUUACCGGCUAGGGGAGCUGACUGAAGCAGAGGAUGCACUGACAGAGGCCAACAUCCUGAACAACGGGAACGCGGAGGUGUGGGGUUACCUGUCUCUAGUUUGUUUGCAGACGGGCCGAAGACUUGAGGCAGAGCAGUCCUACAAAUACGCCCUGAAGUUGAACUUCCAGAAAGAGGCAGUUCUUCGUGAGAUCAAGGCACUCCAAGAUCAUGUUGGCUUUGGAAAUCCAUGUUUCUGAAGAACAACUGCCGGCACCAUCAAGGAUUUAGAUUAAAAAACAAAGAUGAAUUGUAAUUCUGGUUGGUAAAUACCUAAUGGUUGGCAUCGCAAAGUGACUGAAUUGUGGAAGGAAUUACACAUCAAUGACAUCAAUGAGACACUUGUCUCCAUCUUCAGCUAUAUCUGAUUAAAAGUUGUUACUUUUGCAUAAUGUAGGAUAUAAUAUUGUGACACAACAAAGAUGUGUAGAUCCAGAGAGAGUAUCUGUCCAAUGGUGGAAAAAGUACUAAUUUGUCAUACUUGAAUUAAAUUAAAGAAACCUUGAUGAUAAUGACUAAAGUGAAAGUCACCCAGUAAAAUAUUGCUUUAGUAAAAGUCUACAAGUA